UUUCUUCUUCUUACUCCUCUCUUUCUCUCAUUUUUUCGUGUUGUUUCUCUUUUACGUCGGUCCUUCAACCUUCAUGAAGGACCCGACCUAUUGCUAAAUCCUGAGCAAAACAACGUUAAGUUAUUUUUGUUUGGAUCAUCAUGCACUGCUUCCCGUGUUUUUCUACGCCUAGGAAUAAAAAAUCUUCAAGUUCCGACGAGGCUAACAACAACGAAGUCAAACUGCAUGAGAGGAGACAAUCAGAUGAAGCAGAGCAAUCAGAAGAAACGACGUUGAAGAUAUUCAGUUUCCGGGAAUUAGCAACAGCGACAAAGAAUUUCCGGCAAGAAUGUUUGUUAGGAGAAGGUGGAUUCGGUAGGGUUUACAAAGGAACCCUUAAAUCUACUGGCCAGGUGGUGGCUGUAAAGCAACUAGACAAGCAUGGAUUGCAUGGGAACAAAGAGUUUCAAACUGAGGUCUUGUCAUUAGGUCAACUUGAUCAUCCCAAUCUUGUUAAGCUUGUAGGGUAUUGCGCCGAUGGAGAUCAAAGGCUUUUGGUCUAUGACUAUAUCUCUGGAGGUACCCUUGAAGACAAUCUUCAAGAGCCAAAAUCAGACCGUGAACCGAUGGAUUGGACAAUGAGGAUGCAGAUAGCAUAUGGCGCAGCGCAAGGGCUUGAAUACUUGCACGAUAAAGUGGAUCCACCAGUGAUAUACCGUGAUUUAAAAGCUUCAAACAUUUUGUUGGACGAUGACUUGUGUCCCAAGCUUUGUGACUUUGGCCUUCAUAAGCUAGGACCAGGGACGGGUGAUAAGAUGAUGGCUUUAUCUUCUCGUGUAAUGGGAACUUACGGUUACUCCGCGCCUGAGUAUACUCGAGGAGGAACUCUCACCACGAAAUCAGAUGUCUAUAGCUUUGGAGUUGUGUUGCUUGAACUCAUCACUGGUCGAAAAGCUCUUGAUACUACUAAAUCUAAUGAUGAACAAAACUUAGUUUCAUGGGCACAACCGAUAUUUAGAGAUCCAAAGAGAUAUCCUGAUAUGGUAGAUCCAUUAUUGAAGAAGAAAUUUUCAGAGAGAGGCUUAAACCAAGCAGUUGCAAUAGCUUCAAUGUGUGUGCAAGAGGAACCAACGGCUCGUCCUUUGAUAAGCGAUGUAAUGGUUGCACUUAGCUUCCUUUCAAUGUCAACAGAAGAUGGGAUUCCCACAGCAGUUCCCAUGUUAUCCUUCAAGGACAAAAGCAUGUCUAUAGCCUUAAGCCGGCAUGAUUCAAAUCUUGUGUCUCCUACUCCUGAGGUGGCUACUGAAGAUGACAAGUCUAGUACAUCAUCAGAUGAAGAUUCAUCUGUGGACAAUGAAAAGGAGAUGGUGAGUAAUAAGAAGAAGAAGAAGAAACUUGAGGAGGAAGAUAGCUUGACCGAAUCUGAUGAUGGGUCUGAUUCUAACUCAGAUGAUGAACAUGAAAAUGACCAAGAAAGUCAACCACCAAAGCCUGUUGAUGAGAAGAACCAGGCGCAGAGCUUGAAGAUAAAGUAUCGAUAUAGUUGGGAAGACGUGGAUAUUAAUGAGGGGAGGCUAAGCAGUAAGAGCAGCCAAAAAUCAAAUGAUGGAGGAAGCAUCUCUUCGGGAUAUGAGAGCAACAAAGAUCAUGAUGAUUUUCCUAAGGAGAAGGAGGAGAAAGAGGAAGAUCAUACUCAUCUUGAGCACAUGCAAAGCUCAAAAACUGAUGAUAGUCAAAGUAUUUACUUUGAUGAUGAUGAUGAUUCAGGAGAUGACAAUGAAGAAGUCUCUUUGCAUCGUGUAAAAUCAGAGGUUGAGGAGGUUGGUUCUUUUGAAGAUGACAGUGGAGCUUCUUUGCACCAUACUGAAUCAUAGUUUGAGAGUGAUGCUAUUGAAGAUUGAAACUUUCUUUAGGAUUUUUAUUCAUCCUUUGAAGCUAACGAUCAAAGUAAUUUUCAAGGGAAAGAUUCUCAUUUGAAAAUAUAAUAUACAUUUUAAAGUUUUUUAACAAGUUUAUAACCAUAUCUCUUUAUAUAUGAUGAAGAUGUUUUGGAUUAAUAAACAAACAAACA